AUGUUCCCAGUGUCUUGCUCCAUUGGAUCCGCGUUGUCCGCCGCCAGCUGCGCGUCCGGUUCCAGCAGGACCUCCUGGUCCUGCGUCUGCACUCUGACAGAGUCGUUUACGCUUCCGGCCUCUCCACAACAUAAUGGGAUUUUUUAUCGCCGAAUUGGCUUGAUCAUGGAGGUUGCUGGCGCCUCCAUGAUCCAUGCGGCUGCUCCCCAUUUCCUGUGGCCGUUUGCGGUCCGAUACGCUGCGCAUCAGCUCAAUCUCUGGCCCCGUGUCUCCGUGCCAGAAACUUUGCCUCCACUGCGUUGGACGGGGGAGGUUGGCGAUGCGUCGGCGUUUCGGGUUGGGGGUUCGAUGGCCCUUGUCUGCGAUACCACCGCGGACAAGCUCUUCUCGCACCAUUCGCUACCUGAGGGGGGUGACGCUGCUGCAGACGACACUGCGGCCACUCGUCACUCACCGCGCUUGGAGACCCCUCCUGGUUUUCCACCUCGGCCGUCUUUGCCGCCUCUGCAACCUAUUGAUGUAGACUCCGGUGCUGGUAGGGGUGGUGAUACUGGAGGUGCAGACUCUUCGUUGGUGCUCCUGCUGGAGGUUCUGGGGGUGGACAGUAGCGGCGGUCUCGUCGGCAUGAGGCUCUCUCGCCACAUCACCUUCGCGAGUGGGUUAUUUGGCGGCUCCGCCUUGGUUGUGAAAUCAGAGGUGCUGGAGGUGCUAGAGGCACUUGGGCAGGAGGCGUUGGAGCUAGAGGUGCAGGAGGUAGUGGAGGCGCUGGAGGCGCUAGUACUGGAGGUACUGGUGUUGGAGGUGCUGGAGCUGUGGGUCCUGGUGCUGGCGGUGCUGGUGCUGGAGGCGCUGGUGCUGGCGGUGCUGGUGCUGGAGGCGCUCGAGCUUAAGAGCUGGAGGUUUGGGGGUGCUGGAGGCGUUGGUACUGGAGGUGCUGGUGCUGAAGGCGGUCUUGGUGCUGGAGCUACAAGAGUUGCCGGUGCUGGAGGCACUGGAGCUGUAGGUACUGGUGCUGUAGGUACUAACGCUGGAGGUGCUAGGGGUGCUGGUGUUGGAGGUACUUGA